AUGAAUCAAUAAUCCCUUCAUGUUCCUACAACCUAAAGUAGACAAUCAAUCACUUAUUAAACUACCUCAGGAAUAGCAACUAGUACUGAAAGACGUAUAAGUGACAAUAUAUAAAACGGAAGAAAAAGUGUCCUUUUUGAAGAUAAACGAUACGAGGAAAUACUUCAAGAUAAUCGAAAGUUGAAAGAAGUGAUUGAAUAAUUGGAUAAGGAUAAUUAGCAAUUAAAAUAAAUGUCAGGGGAGAGUUAUAAUCUUAAAUAGAAAUAUAUGAUUACUUAAGCAGAAUUAGAGGCUGCAUAAUAGGAAUUAGCAAAAUUAAGAACUCAACUCUUGAUGAGAAAUUCUUAAGAUGCCGAACAAUCGACUCUCGUGACAAGAUGCAAACAAGAUGUAUCUGCAAUGACUCAACAAUAAAUCAAAUAUUAACAAGGUAAUAACUUACUUAAUUUCUAAGAAAUAUCAUAGUUAAAUGCUAUGUUAGAAUAAUAGAAGAAAUAGGUUGAAGAGUUUUUAAGAUUAAAAAGUAAAUAUGAACAGGAUAUCCAAACAUAUAAAAGUAGGGCUUAGACAUUAGAAAUGGAGAUUAAGUAAGUGAAAGAACAUAAGAACUCUUAAACUUAAAAUGAAAUUCUAAGAUUGACUUAGGAAAUUGCAAGAUAUCAAUCUGAGGUAUAGAUUCGAUCAUCAGAUAAAGAAUUAUAUGAAAGAACAAUACAGACAUUAAAUGAGAAAAUGAAGGAGAUGGAUAUGGACAUUCAGAUAUUGAUAUAAGCACAUAAUCAGAAUCAGUUGAAACUGGAAUCUGCUAUGGCUGAAUCAAGAAGUAAUAUGUAGUAUCAAAUUGAUAAACUAAAAUAAGAGAUGAUAUUCUAUUAAACUUAAUGUCGAUAAUGGUAGGAAAAAUGUCAAACUGCUGAAAUAUAAAAGGAGGAAAGCGAAAGAAGAAUUAUUUAGAUGGAGAUCAGAAUAAAUGAAACGAAAAAGUAAAUUGAGUAAUAGUAAAACGAUAAAAUAUAAAGAGAAAGUUACCAAAUUCAUACUAUUCAAAAUGACCUCGAAGGUUGGAAGUAAAAGUACAUUUCCUUAGAGAUUAAAAUGAAAGAUUUUGAAAAUUAUAGAAUGAAAAUAAUUGAAUUGGAAGAAUAAUUGAAUAAUUUAAAAAAUGAUAAUUAUUAAAAGUAAGAGGAAGUAGAAAUCCUGAUUUCAGAAAUUAAAUAAUUACAAGAAUAAAAUUAUGGAUAUCGCUUAAGCAUAACUUAAUUAGAGAAUCAAGCCAGAAACAGCAUUGGAAGUGAUAGAUAUAAAUCUUAGAUUAGAACUUUAGAAAACACUAUUAAUCAAUUAAAUCAACAGAUAAAUGCCUAUAAAAUUGAAACUAAAGAACUUGAGCAAUAAGUGAUGUAUCAUUAGAACAAGGACACAAAUGUUGAUUAUUUGGUCAGAGAAAAAGAUGAAACAAUUUCAAAGUUGUAAUAUAAAUUGAAUAAUAUGGAAAAAGAACUUCGGAUUAUUUUUGAAGAGUAACUUAAAAUAGAAUAAUAAGAUUGGGAUAGACAAAAAUAAUAAUAAAUAGAUAGUCAAUUAAUAAAGAUAACCAAAAAAUAUGAAUCUGAAAUCUCCACUUUGAAGUAACAUUUUUAGUCAUUAGAAAUAGAGAAUCAAUCAUUAAACAACAAAUAUGAACGAUUAAAGAAAGAAGGAGAAAUUGGUUUCUAAAGAUAAUCAGAAAAAGAAAAAAGUAGAAUCAUUGAACUUGAAAGAUAAAUAAUUUAAUUAGAGAAUUAACUAUCUUUUUAGAGAAAAGAAUUUUCAAUGAAAAUUGAAUAAGCUAAUUAGUCUAAUUUAAAGGAGUAUUAUGAAGCUUAACUUAAAUAGAUUAAUGAAAAAUUAAUUAGGGAAUAAAAUUAGGUUUAAUAAUUGAAUGAUCAUUUGAUAAUAGAAUAAAAAAGUACUCUCGAUUUAGAAAGAAGAUACUCUAAAGAAAUUAAAGAUUUUAAAUAAUAAUAGGAGAAGAGAAUUGAAUUUUAAUAAACAACAUAAUAUUAAUUUGAAUUAGAUAAUCAUCUGAGAGACUUGGAAAAAAUGAGAAAAGAAUAUAGAAUAAUUGAAUAACAAUAUCAAUAAAUGGAAGUUCAGGUAAAAUUAUGGAAGGAAAAAUUCUAUGAAGAAUAAUAAAAGCAUCAAGAAAUUAGGCAAUAGUAUAUAGAAAUUAGAUCUUAAAUUGAAUCUAAUACAAUUAUGAAUACACAUUCAGACUUUGAUAAAUAAAGAAUUUAAGAGCUCGAAAUGGAAUUAUUUUAACAAUAGGAAGAGAUUAGAAUUAAAGAAAAAAAAUAUCAAGAGUUAAUUACAACAUACACUUUGUAAAUAGAUAAGCAGAAAUCUAAUUUGGAUGAGUUCAAGAGAAUAAAACAAUUAGAAUAUGAAAUAGAAUCAUUUAAAAAUAAAUGUAGAGAUUUAGACAGAUAAUUAAAGGAUAAGUAAUUGGAAUUUGAUGCAUUGCUCUAAAGAAAGUAGGAAGUCAAACUGUAAACUAUUGAAGUUUCCUCAUAAUCUGAAAAAUUUAAGACUUAAGAAUUAGAAUCUUAAAUAACAUCCUUAAAAUUGUAGUUGUAAUAAUUAAAUAGUUCGAAGUAAGAGGUUAUAAGAGAGACAAUAAGAGAAACAGUUCAGAUUCGAAGCGCAGAAGAUAUCAAGCUUAUUGAUUAACUAGAGGAAGAAUUAUAAUUGUGGAAAACUAAAUAUUAUGAGCUGGAUAGAAGAAGAAAUUAAGUUGUUGUUGAAACAAUUAAGGAGGUUUCAUCUCUUGAAAGGGAUAGAUAAAAGAUUUAUUAAUUAGAAUGUUAGCUUCAAUAAUUAGCCUAAAAAAAAUAAGAAGUAAUUAGGGAAUAUGUAACAGAAAAAAUAGAGGUUCCAUUAGAGUCUGAUUAAAUAAGAAUAAGGCAAUUAGAAAUUCAAUUAAGUAACAUUCAAAGAGACUAUUAAAUGUUAAGUUUAAGAAAAUAAGAAAUUUUGAAGGAAACUAUCACAGUUGAAGUUUCAUCAUAAGCUGAUAAAAACCGCAUCUAAUAGUUAGAAACGCAGUUAAGCUAAUUAUCAUCCGAAUUAAUGGUCUUGAGACUGAAAAAAUAAGAAGUAAUCAAAGAGACAGUGAUAGAAAAAGUAGAAGUCUCAAUGGAAUCAGAUAAAUUGAGAAUUAAUCAGUUACAGGAACAGUUAGAAAGAUUACAGAGAGAUUAUUAAAUUUUAAAUAAGAAGAAACAAGAGGUAAUAAAGGAGACAAUCACAGUUGAGGUUUCAUCUUAAGCUGAUAAAUUGAAAAUUUAAUAAUUAGAAUCAUAAGUAUCUUAAUUAAGAACUGAGUUGCAAAUAGUAACAUAAAAAAAAUUAGAAGUAAUAAGGGAAGUAAUUACAGAGAGAAUAGAAGUUGCUUGUGAAGCUGAUAAAUAUCGAAUCGAAUAACUAGAAUAAUAAUUAUAGAAUUUAAACAAGAGUUACGAGGUUCUCAGUAAAAAGAAGUAAGAAAUAAUUAAAGAGACAAUAACAGUAGAAGUUCCUUCUUAAUCAGAUAAAUUUAAGAUUUCAUAGCUUGAGACAUAGGUUUAAUAAUUAAGAUAGGAAAUUUAAAUCCUAACUUUGAAGAAAUAAGAAGUUAUUAAAGAAGUAGUAAUAGAGAGAGUAGAAGUUCCUUCUUCAGCAGAUAAAUUCAGAAUUCAACAAUUAGAAUAACAAUUAAAUAACCUAAGAUUGGAAUUGUAGGUUGUAGUAUAGAAGAAAUAAGAAGUUGUUAGAGAAGUAAUUACUGAAAAAGUGGAAGUUAGUAAGGAAACUGAUAGAAAAAGAAUUUUAGAAUUAGAGUCGGAUUUAUUUAGAUUAUAAUAAGACUACAUUAAUUUGAAUAAAAUUAAAUCUGAAAUAAUUAAGGAGACUUUUACAAUUGAGGUACCAUCUUCUGUUGAUUAAUUUAGAAUUUAAUAAUUGGAGAUAUAAUUAUAAUAAGCAAAGAGUCAAUUAGAAUAAUAGUUAAAUUAUUCAUAACAAGAAUAUUUUGCGUUGAACUAAAAGAUGUAAGAAUAAAUAAAAGAAACGAUUACUGUUGAAGUACCAUCUGAGUCUGAUAAGUAUAAAAUAAGAUAACUAGAAUCUUAAUUGCUAUCCAUUUAAGAAGAAUUAAAUGAAAUUCAAUUAGAAAAUUAAAAUUUACAUUUCGAAAUCAGUAGAUUGGAAUAAGAAAAUAGACGACAAACUGAUAUUAUUUAAUAAUUAGAAUCCUAAAUAAGAAAUCAAUUUUCUAUCAAGGAUUUUUAAAGUUAAUUAUCUAAUAAAGAUAAAUAGAUUUUGUAAUUAUAGGACAGCAUUUCAGGAUUACAAGCUACAAUUAGGACUCUAAGAGGAGAAAAUUAGACAAUAUCAGAAUAAACAAAUAGACAAUAAGUAUCUGCAAGGGAGUCAUAAAACAGUUAAAAGUUUUUGGAGUUAGAGACAAGAAUAUAGGGACUUAAUCAGGAAAUCUCAAGACAGAUUUUGAUGAAGGAUUAGAUCUAAAUUCAAUAUGAUGACUUAGUUCAGAGAGCCACCAAGUAUGAAUAAGAGAUAAAUCUGUUGAGGAACUAAUUAUAGAAGAAAAGAAACACUUCAACAUAUGAUGGACCUAUAGUUUCUAAAACAUUUGAAAUUCAUAAAAUUGGAGAGGUUGCAAACAAUGGAACAGGGUUAGUUUCAGGAUUCAAUUUAGAAGAUACUUAGAAAAUUAAAUCAAUAGUGAGUACAUAAUAACUAAAAUCUGAAGUAUCAUUUUAAUUAUCAAACUUUUAGGAGUCAUAGUAUACAAUGAAAUCAAACUCAUUAGUAUAGCCAUUUAAUCCUUUAAGAAGUGAUUUAAUUAAAUCUAAGGCUUAAUUGAAUCGAAUGGAAGAUAAGUUUUAUAAAUGA